AUGAAUGAGACACCUUCUUCUCCAAUAGCUCCAAAGAGUAUUGAAACUCCCGUUUAUACUCCAAGUCAGACUCAGCAGAUUGAGAGAGAGCCAUCGGAUGACACGCCUGCCCUUGAUACUCAAAGGGAAACACAAACCUCUACUGAUGAAACGACACCCAAAACUAAUCAAGGAGAAGGAAAACCAGAUGAUGAGAUUGUGAUUGAGUCACCUGCUGCUCAGACUCAAGUUUUGCAAAAAGAAACACUGGAAAUGAAUGAGACACCUUCUUCUCCAAUAUCUCCAAAGAGUAUUGAGGCUCAAGUUUUUACUCCAAUUCAGAAACAGCAGACGGUAACAGAGGAAACGUAUGAGGCUACACAGCCAUUGACUGAGAUCAUUUCAGCAAACAAUAAAAAGGAGGAUACACAUGCUGUGCAUUACAGACCUUCCUCUCCAUUGUCUUCACUAAUUGCACUAGUUAUUGAAGAAAAUAAGAAUGCUUUGAGUGAGACAGAAACUGCGACCCAAUAUUUUUCUACAAGUGAAGGAGAGCAUUCACAAUCAAGCAGGAAGAAUCAAGAAGAAGAAUAUCUCAAGGAUACUACAGAAGCUACUACUGAGCUAGUUUCCACAGAUGUUUCGAAGACACAGCCUCUUACUCCGCAAACACAGCACCUUCAGACAAGUGAGGGAGAUCAAUCCGAUGAGACACCAUCAGAGCAGAAUCAAGCAGAAGAAAAUCUCAAGGAUACUACAGAACCUACUACUGAGCUAGUUUCCACAGAUGUUUCGAAGAUGCCGCCUAUUACUCAGCAAACAGAGCAUCUUCAGACAAGUGCUAUAGAUUUUUCAGAAACAAACGAGGUUGAAGUAAGCAGGCUUCUAGCUCACUUUCAAAUAGGCGCAGAGGUUGAGAUUUUGUCUACUGAUGACGAAAUAUGGUAUCCAGGAAAGGUUGUUGAUCUUAAACUGUGUGAAGGACUAGAGGAGCUGACAGUUGAGUACACGACACUCUUCACAGACCAACAUAGACUUCAGAAACUUCAGGAUACUAUCACGGCUGACAAAAUACGUCCUGCAACACCAACUAGUGACCAAAAAUCCUUUGAGAUGAUGGAUAAGGUAGAAGCCUUCUACAACAAUGGCUGGAGCAGCGGACAAAUUAGCAUGGUACUUGGUGAUAACACAUACUCGGUGUGUCUCUAUACUUCUAUGGAAACUAUUCUAUUCAAACAUUCAGAUUUGCGAAUUCAUAGAGAAUGGAAAGAUGGAGUCUGGAAGAUGGCAGAUAAGGUGAAGCCUGAUAAGAAAAGGAAAGCUGCUGCCUCAUCACAAAAUUCAGGAUUGGAUAAUGUUUUCCUAAGAAGGAGCGAGAGGGUGCCUAAACGAUCUAGAGACACAAAAACUCCAUUCAAGUCUGACAGAAAUCCGGCUUUAACUGUAAUACCUGAGAUUAUACCUGCAGUUGAUCCGUUUUCAACUCCUGCGGAAAAUAAGCUUUCAAGGCUUCAAAAUUGGAUGACAUUAAAGCCCGGCAUGCAUGAAACGUAAGCAUGUUUCUGUCCUUGUCUAUAUAUUCUUAUAUUUAUGUAAAAGAGGUUUGGUAAUUCCUUUGUAUCUUUAAUCGACUGC